AUUAACAUUCCUAGAGUUUAUUAACACAAAGUCAAGCCCUAACUGCAAAUACAAACUGAAUAAGCGUUACAGGUCAAAGCCCACUCUCUGCUUUCAGCCAGGUCAUUUGUCAAGGUGGCACCUCAGAAAGCCUUCAUUGUUUCCUUCAGCCUUUAACUCCAGCAAAACGCUCAUUAAAUUCAUCCAAUGUCCAAAAGUCACACACAGAGUCCAGAAAGCAUCUGCCCACAUUUCAAACAGGAAGACCUUCCUCCUCCUACAGGCGUGAUGUCAUCUAAAACCACUUUCUUUCCCAGGACUGGAAGAUUUAACACUAAACUUUCCUUGGCGCGUUCCUGCGUUUUUCCUGCAGGCUGCUGCUUCUCCAUUGCGCGCUCUGAACUGUUAAUAGAAGCUGAUUUCAGGGGGAAAUUCUAGCAGAUAGGUUCCAGAGAAAUGUUUUAGAAAUCUGGAUUCAACGUUUACGCUUUUCUUUCAUUCCCUGGGAGGGUUUAAUACCCUUUGCGUACUCUGGGUCGUUUUUGGUGACCGUUUGGUUAAAGUGUGUUUCCUGAAGACGCAGUAAUGGCUCUGAACUCGUUAGACGCAGUGAAGAGGAGAAUCCAGGCCUUACAACAGCAGGCGGAUGAAGCUGAAGAUCGAGCCCAGCUUUUCCAGAAAGAACUGGAUGAAGAACGAGAUAUCCGCGAGAAAGCUGAGGGCGAAGUGGCUGCUAUGAACCGCAGGAUUCAGCUAAUUGAGGAGGAGUUGGACCGAGCCCAGGGUAGACUGGCCACUGCACUCCAGAAACUGGAAGAAGCAGAGAAAGCAGCUGAUGAAAGCGAGAGAGGAACGAAGGUGAUUGAGAGCCGUGCUAUGAAAGACGAGGAGAAAAUGCAACUUCAGGAGAUACAGCUUAAGGAGGCCAAACACAUCGCUGAAGAUUCUGAUCGCAAAUACGAUGAGGUGGCUCGUAAGCUGAUGGGCAUAGAGACUGAGUUGGAGAGAGCAGAGGAGAGGGCAGAGGUUGCUGAACUCAAAAGUGGAGAUCUGGAGGAGGAACUUAAAAAUGUAACUAACACCCUGAAGUCUCUUGAAGCCCAGGCUGAGAAGUACUCAGAUAAAGAAGAUAAGUACGAGGAAGAGAUCAAUGUUCUCAAUGACAAACUGAAAGAGGCAGAGACGCGUGCUGAGUUUGCAGAGAAAACUGUGUCCAAACUGGAAAAGACUAUUGAUGACCUCGAGGAGACCCUAGCGCAUGCAAAGGACGAGAACCUGAAUCUGAACCAAGUCUUGGAUCAGACACUUCAAGAACUGAACAGCUUGUGAAUAAAAAAAAAAAAGUAAAGCAUCACAACAAACUACAUUCCACUUGUGUGAGUUCUGUGUGUGUGUGUUUGUGUAGGUUUGGGUGUGUUUGUGGCUCAAUUUUACUACCCUAUUGUGUUGCUUGUGAUGAAUCAUGCUUUUCUAUUUUUAAUCCACAUCCACCCAAACAUUUUCUUUGUGUUGCCAAAUGAUCCAUUAUUAUAUAUUUGAACACACAAGGUAAUGAUGCUAAUGACCGACCCGAAGUGUUUCUGAUGACGUUCACACCAGACAUGCCCAAAACCCAACCUUCACCUUUAACUAAUAUAUUUUGAUCCGAAAUUCCACACAUCAGCUCAUCAUUUAGGCCUCGUGUUACCCCAUUCCCGGGACAGCCAUAUUGUUUCCUGCAUUGUUGUGUCCAGUCCACGUUCAUAUAUUUAUUAAUUUCGCAUCCACGGCCUGUCAGGUGUCUGUGGAACUGUGCUAUUCGGGUAAAGGCAAACAUCUACAAAGGAUUAUUCACAAAAUUAUCACUCACACAAUUCAGGUUCUAUUCGAUUUACAGAUUUGAAGCAGGACAUCUUUAUCUUUAGGAGCUUGGGUCUAAAUUAGAAUUUUUAAUAUGAAGUUAAUGUAAAAAAAAAUUGACUUUUUGGAAAUGAUGGAUCUGUUUUGUACUCUUUAAACCACAUUAAAGAAACAUUCUGUUUGUUUAUUUA